AAGAUGGGCGACCUGGAGUGUGGUUUUGAAGAGAUGCAAGGAGUCAGGCUGGGAUACCUGCUCAUCCAAGGCAAGCAAAUGUUUGCUUUGUCUCAGGUCUUCACCGAGCUGCUCAAGAACAUUCCACGCACCACCGUGCACAAGCGCAUGGACCACCUGAACGUGAAGAAGCACCACUGUGACCUGGACGAGCUGCGCAAGCUCAAAGCAAUAAACUCCAUCGCGUUCCACGCAGCCAAGUGCACUCUCAUAUCGCGGGAGGACGUGGAGGCUCUCUACGUCUCCUGCAAGACCGAGCGGGUGUUGAAGUCCGGCAGCCACAAAAGGAAGGCGGCGUCGUGUGAACCCACGGACCGCCUCGCGUCCACGGAGCUCCUCCGCGCCGACGCUGAGCUCUGGCAAGAAAAAGUUUGGUUGAGUUUGCACGGCGUGCACGAAAAAGCGGCCAGGGGGAGGCGAGAGGCCAGCUGCGACUCCAAACUACCUCACUUUUACCACAAAACCCACGGACGGGAGUACCGCUCGGCCGCCAAGUCCACUCACAGACACUUUAAAAACUAUGAAACCGCCAAGUUGCAAGGGAACCGGGUGACGUUCAGCCAGAGGCACUCGUUUUUCCGUAGCGCUCCUGCAGCGGCGCUCCAGUCCACCAUGGCUGCUCAUUCCAGGCUCUCUCGCACAGCCGGCGACCUUCAACACAAAAGGAAGAGGAGGCGCGAAGGGGGCGGCGGCAGGGACGGUGUUAGACACCCCUGGAAAAGCAGACACCACCAUCACGUCCCGCCGGUGGUGCUUGUGCAACCCAAAUCCUCCAUUACGCACCGGACGGCGUUUGGUGCCUUCCAGCUCAGCCCGAACUUCUACCUUCACCACCAUCACAUCCAACCGAGCUUUCCGGACAGCAGCGACACCGAGUCCAGCACCUACUCGGACCGGGCCUACCCCGACUCGGAUUUUGGUUCCGGUUUCUCCACCAGCAGCAGCUCGGACGAAGAGGAGGAGGAGGAGGAUGAAGAUGACACCCAGUCUGAUAGCACUGAGGUCAGCUCGGAUGAGGAAGAGGAGAGCUCCUCUCAUUCCGACUCCAGCUCCGUUUCCAGCCGGGUUUCGGUCCAGAGUAUCCGGUUCAGACGAGCCCGAGUUGCCAAAAUCCUUAACCCAAUCAAAGCUCCUGUGGUUCUGCAGCCCACUUUUCACUACAACAACCAGCAGCAGCAUGGCGGCUCACUACUACAGGACCACGCUGCCUCCACACAUGAGAAACCAUGGGAAUUUAGGAAUCACUCUACAGGAUCUAUACCCAAAUUCCACUCGGUUCUUUUCACCGAGACCAAAUGGGACCAAACAGGUCCAAACAGAACUUUGGAUGAACACUUUGAUACCAAGCAUGCAUCAAGCAGGACGUUAGUGUGUCCCAUCAACGAGCACAAAGACGACACAGUACGGAGAUUCUGCAGCGAUGAAAGGGAGGUGAGAUCCCCUGGACUAAGACUGCAGAAAAUAAAGACCGAGGCGGAGGAGCCCUCUGUGACGGCCUCCCCCGCCCUCGAGAGCGGCUGCAAGGUAGCCAGGACGCCGCCGCUCGGUCUCCAUAAAGUGAAAUUAAAAGUGGAAGAGAGUUGCGAUGAAUAUGAACGCCAGAGCCAGCCUGCUGCGGUCAAAUGCAAAGAAGCACCGUGCAGCUCUGACGCGUCAGUGGAGGGUAGAACCUGCACGGAGAGGAACCUCGGUGAGUCUCCAGCGUCACAAGGGCGGCUAGAUUGCAGGGCUCUGGGGAGGAAAUCCAAGCUUUCCAGGGCACAAUCAAAACACGCCAGGGUGACCAGGACUGCCUCUUCCUCCUCCUCCUCUUGCGGCUCUCAGCCCUGCGAGGACACCUCCAUGGAGGAUUUACCCAGCCGACGUAAACGCAUCGGCACAAUGCCCGCAGCGUGGACCCAAAAACCGCCGUUCAGCCUGAUGGCAAACUUCCCUUUCUCGGCGUCGCUGGUUGUUGGCAGCGACGGGGAUCUGAGCCCCGCUUACUCCCUCAACUCUCUGAGGGCUGCCGGGCCUCCCCCUCCGUCUCACCCCGUGUGGAGAUGGCAGCCAGGCGGACACAUUCUCCCUCCCCCACACGCUCAAAGGACCAGGAGAUACUGAGCAGGGGGAAAACACACACACACACAAAUCACCCCCCCCCCCCCCUCCCCUCCAGAAAUAAAUAAAUUCACAUUUUAAUUACAAACACACUUGCAGUAAACGCCCACUGUAGACUGUGAUGCCUCUAGUGGAUUGGUAUUUUUUUAACUGAUACUUUUGUCCCCCUCCGACCUGUUGGAUUGUAAACUGUGCCAGGUUGUCUCUGGUUGGUGCUUUUUCUGGAGAAGAAAAGCUUUGGUGGAAUUAAAAAACAUAUAUCAGGGUUAUUCCAUUAUGUGCCACCCUUUAGACCAUUUCAGCGUUUUACAGACUUAUUCAAGUGGGUUUGGUAACGUCUGUUUAUCACAGUUAAGCCUUUAUUAGAUUUGACAGGACUUUAUUCUGUUGUGCUAGUUUGUUAUUUUUCUCUUUUUUGUGUGAUCUGUUUUUUGUGAAGUGUAAAGAAAUACAUCGAUGCAGGCCCAGAGACAUUACACGCGCCUUAUGAAGAGACAAUCAAAACAAACAAAAUGGCCGAAACUCCGUUUUUUAUCUUGGUGUGUUUACAACUAAUUUGGACUAUAUAUGUUGAAAUAUAAUGAUUUUUUUUUCGACCUGAAGGCCACAGAGAAACACAUGUGUCUCAAUUUGCGUACUUUCAUACUUAAUAAUUUGCAUUUUUAAUGUGUAAGAUGCCGAUAAAUGCAAGUAUGAACGCAGCUUUAGAGCACAGGAAAGCAAUACGCACUUUGUUGUUGUUUGGGGUCCUG